AUGGCCAUCAAGGAAGAUCAAAUCGAAAGUCCAGGCCCAACCAUACACUCCCAACCCACACAUCUCACAAUCCUCUCUUCAUCCCAGCUCAAAUCCUCUCCUUUUCUCCCCUCUCUUGUGUCAACAAUCAACAACGCAUUCCGCGUUGCCAAYGCCACAAAACCAGAACUCGGCCUAAACAAUCAAGGGGAUCGCUUGACCUCAAACUUGGAAUUCCUCACCAAUUUCGCGCAUCCCGAAUCAUUCACUCUAGUCAUCCACGCCCCAGACUCUCCAACGGUAUUAGCAACAGCAAGCGCGAGACCUUAUCUCGGCCCCAACACCUCCGGAAUCAUCUCGAGAAACACGCCUUGGGAACGAAUCCUGCCUGUACAGGAAGGUUGUGAGGAAUGGGAAUUGAAAUUGAUGUGUACUGCUCCUGAAGCGCAGGGGCUCGGCUUAGCGACGUAUAUGAUGGGAGUUGUGGAGGAGGAACUGAGAAGGAGGAGAGGAGGCUUGGGGAAGAAGUUGCGGAUCCUUCUUACCACGCCAAGGGAAUUGACGGGAGAGUUCUAUGUGCGGAAGGGAUUCGAGAAGGAUUACGAGACUUGGAGGGGAGAGGGGUAUCAUUUCCACAUUGUGCACAUGUCGAAGGAUGUUGGUGGUGCUUGA